GCCAAAAUGGAGCCCGACGUCAGCAUCGAAACCAGUGCCAUGAUCCGCGUGGCCGUCCUCCCCAUCGGGCACGUGGCGCCCGUCCUCCUCCGCGACUACCACUCGAUGCUGCUCCGCCACCACACGAUCCCUCUCUCCGCCAUCAGCUCCUUCUACACUGAACACCAGAAGUCCCCCUUCGCCCACCAGCCCUGGGACUCCGGCAACCUCCGAUUCAAGUUCGUCCUCGGCGGGGCCCCACCGUCCCCGUGGGAGGACUUCCAGUCCAAUCGCAAAACCUUGGCUGUCAUCGGCAUCUGCCACUGCCCCUCGUCCCCUGAUCUCGACUCCAUCAUCGACCAAUUCGACUCGGCUCGCCUCGCCUACUCCUCCGCCCUCGUCGAUCGCUGCUUCGCCUUCUGCCCCGCCGAUUCUCAGUUGGAGGAUGGCAGCAAGAAAGGAGGGAAUUUGAUGCUGUUUCCGCCGGCGGAUCUGGCGACUCAGGAGUUCCACUUGCAGACGAUGAUGCAGGAUAUCGCAGCGUCGCUGCUGAUGGAGUUCGAGAAGUGGGUGCUUAAAGCUGAGCCUGCAGGGACCAUUGUCAAGACGCCUUUGGAUUCUCAAGCGACUCUCAACUCAGAGGAGGUUAUAAAGGCGAAGAAGCGGAGGCUCGGGCGAGCGCAGAAGACAAUGGGUGAUUAUUGCUUGUUGGCAGGAUCACCUGUUGAUGCCGAUGCUCAUUACUCUACUGCUCUAGAAUUUGCUAGGUUGACUGGAGAUUUUUUCUGGUAUGCCGGUGCAUUGGAGGGCAGUGUCUGUGCCUUACUGAUUGAUCGAUUGGGCGAAAGGGAUUCAGGUGUGGACGAUGGAGUUAGAUAUCGAUAUAGGAGUGUAAUCUCGCACUACAGGAAGUCUUUUAUACAAGAAAAUGCUCAGAGAGUUUCACCCUUAACGUUUGAACUAGAGGCUACAUUGAAACUGGCAAGGUUUCUUUGCAGACGGGAGAUGGCUAAGGAGGUAGUAGAACUACUAACAAGUGCAGCAGAUGGUGCUAAAUCUCUGAUUGAUGCCAGCGAUAGACUUGUAUUAUAUGUUGAAAUAGCUCGUUUAUAUGGAACUCUUGGUUAUCAGCGAAAGGCUGCUUUUUUCUCAAGGCAAGUGGCUCAGUUAUAUCUACAGCAGGACAAUAGACUGGCUGCCAUUAGUGCAUUGCAAGUUUUAUCAAUGACCACAAGAGCAUACUGUGUUCAAAGCAGAGCUUCCAUCUCCGAGGAUUCAUUUCCUAAAAAGGAAAUCGGGUCAAGUCUUGCAGAGGGUGGGAAAUGGCUCCACCAGUCAGUAGUCUCUCUUUUUGAGUCUCAGUGGAGCACACUACAGAUGGUUGUCCUCAGAGAGAUACUGCUAUCUGCCGUCCGUGCAGGAGAUCCUCUUGCUGCCUGGGGUGCAGCUGCAAGACUACUGAGAUCGUACUAUCCCUUAAUUACACCUGCCGGGCAAAAUGGUCUUGCUAGUGCACUUUCAAAUUCAGCAGAUAUGUUGCCAUCUGGAACCCGCUGUGCUGACCCUGCUUUACCUUUCAUUAGAUUGUUUUCUUUUCCUCUCCAUCCUUCACAAAUGGACAUUGUGAAGCGCAAUCCAGCAAGAGAAGACUGGUGGGCAGGAGCUGCUAAUACUGGCCCUUUUAUUUAUACACCAUUCAGCAAGGGAGAUACAAACAGUAAUGCCAAACAGGACCUGGUUUGGAUUGUUGGAGAACCAGUGCAGGUUUUGGUUGAACUGGCAAACCCAUGCGGCUUUGAAUUGAGGGUUGAUAGCAUAUAUCUCUCAGUGCCUUCAGGAAAUUUUGAUGCUUUUCCUGUUACUGUAAAUCUUCCACCCAAUUCAUCAAAAGUGAUCACCUUAUCUGGGAUCCCAACUACAGUUGGGCCAGUGACAAUUCCUGGGUGCACUGUCCACUGCUUUGGUGUUAUUACUGAACACCUGUUCAAGGAUGUCGACAAUCUGCUUCUUGGAGCUACACAAGGACUUGUGCUUUCUGACCCUUUCAGAUGCUGUGGGUCUGCGAGGUUGAAAAAUAUAUCUGUUCCAAACAUUUAUGUGGUACCGCCAUUACCAUUGUUGAUUUCACGUAUUGUCAGUGGUGAUGGUGCAAUCAUUCUUCACGAAGGUGAAAUUCGUGAUGUAUGGAUCAGUCUGGCUAAUGCAGGUAUAGUUCCAGUUGAGCAAGCUCAUGUAUCACUAUCAGGAGAAAAUCAAAAUUCUGUUAUCUCGAUUGCAUCUGAAACCUUAAGAUCAGCCCUUCCCUUGAGACCUGGUGCGGAAGUGACUAUACCUGUGACCUUAAAAGCUUGGCGGCAUGUUGUAGCAGAUCCUGAGACUUCUGGAGGCAGGAGUGCCUCUGGAAGCACUGUGAGGCAGUCUAAGGAUGGAAGUAACCCCACAUUGUUAAUCCAUUAUGCAGGUAUUAAAAUCUAGCAUUCCUCUAUGUAUUCAAUAUCCCGAGGCAGCUUAAGGCAAGACCGAGGAGUUUGAAUUGAAGUCUAGCUUGUUGCACCACAUUCCAAAGUUCCAUAGGCUGUCCAUGGAAGACCCUAACAAGCACUUGAAGGAAUUUGAAGUGGUUUGUUCGAGCAUGACCCCUGUCAAUGUCGAUGGUAGCAUCCUAAAGAUGAAGGUUUUUCCAUUAUCUCUAAUGGACAAAGCUAAAGAUUGGUUAUAUGAGCUAGCACCGGGGAUAAUGACGUCUUGGGAAAGUAUGAAAUGAGCAUUCUUGGAGAAGUUUUUUCCCACUUCAAGAAUCAUUCUCCUAAGGAAACAAAUAAGUGGCAUACAACAAAAGCAAGGUGAAUCCUUUCCUACUUAUUAUGAACGUUUUAAAUCACUUGUUGCUUCUUGUCCACAGCAUCAAAUGAAGGAAGAGUUGCUCCUUCAAUAUUUCUAUGAAGGCCUUCUACCAAUCAAACGUCAAAUGCUAGAUGCCUAGGCGGGAGGAGCUUUGGUAGAUAAAACACCCAUGGCAGCAAAGACACUCAUUGCAAACCGUGCAUUGAAUGCACAACAAUACGAAGGCAUGGGACAAAGGGAUAACCCACGGCCACAACUGAAUGAGGUAAGCUCUUCAUCCGAUAUUCAAUCACAAUUAGCUAAUCUUAUUUCCAUUGUGUCUCAGAUGGCCGAAGGAAUGAGGAUGCAAGGACCAAUAGUAUGUGGAGUAUGUUCUAUCCAAGGACAUGCCUCUGAGAAGUGCCCACAACUUAUUG